AUGCCCACAGGAACUCCAUAUAACUCUUUCAUCGCACCAUAUAGAAUUCGUGUUGAUGAUUUCGCCUCUAUUUCCAACACAGAUCCCGAAGCGACCCCGUUGCUUCAUUUGCUAACGCACACGCACUCAGAUCACAUCAAUGGGCUGUCUGCAAAGUCUUUUGGAUACAAUGUGAUAUGUUCUCAUGACGCAAAAGAGAUGCUUCUAAAUCAUCAGGUCCAAGCCGAACGGGACCUUGAUAGCAAGGAUUUAAGGGCCGAAAAGAAACGGACUUACUCUCACCUUAGAAUCGAACCUAUGGCAAAUCCGAAUGCACGACAGUAUUAUAAUGGGUCAAGAGAUCUUUUGCGACCUCUGCCUCUCAACACUCCGACCCAGUUCGAACUAGACGCUAAUAACUCUGUGACGAUCACGUUGCUCGAUGCCAAUCAUUGUCCUGGAUCUGUCAUGUUUCUUGUAGAAGGCGAUCGAGGUGCUGUCCUUCACACGGGAGACUUUCGAGCAGAGCCAUGGUUCUUGGAAUCAAUCACUCGCAACCCGAUACUUCAGCCGUACCUUUCUCCCACAGUUGAACCUCAAAAUGAUCUUUCGACUGAGAGCAUGUCACCUGUCUUAAGCCGAUCACUGGAAGCGAUAUAUCUCGAUACUGCCUGUGUCAUGUCCAAGCUCAAAAUCCCAACCAAGGCAGAUGCAACGGCCGGGCUAAUCGAGUUAAUGAAACUCCUACCAUCUUCGACUUAUUUCUACAUAAAUUCGUGGACAUGGGGCUAUGAGGACAUACUCAAAGCAAUUGCGCGAGAGUUUCAAUCCAAGAUUCACGUCGAUGCUUACAAAAGCAAGAUAUACCAACGCAUCUCGGAUCCCUUCCUUCACAUCCUCACCACAGAAGAUGAAAAAUCAACCCGUUUUCAUGCUUGCGAGCGGUUCAGUCGAUGCGAUUUUGUCUCGAUAAACGAUGACGAUACGUUUAACACAGAACCCACCAGUGCUAAGGGAAAACAUGUCGUAUACAUCAACCCUGUAAACAUGGAGCACGACAAGUGGAUGGAAUAUUGUAGAGAGAUAAAAAACUUUGUGAAGUCGGGGCAGAAAAUAUAUAAUUUACUUGUCCCGCUUUCGCGGCAUUCAUCUCUCCCAGAACUUCAAGAAUUCGUUAAACUCUUUAGGCCAAAAAGAGUAGUGCCAAAUACCCUUGAUCCUCGCUUAUUCGGGCUUGACUGGGCGUGCAUUAAUGCAAUGUUUUCGACUUGUAUUUCUCCACCUCAUAGUCAUGUUUCUGAUGUGUUCCCCACCUCUCAACAUCUCGGUAUUUUGGGGAAGCAUAAGCUUUCUGAAGUUGACCAAAUAGAUGGUGAUGUGGAUCUAAAAAAUCUUAUUGGGGCCAACACACACAGCAUUGCCAAGAAAUGGGUGGACCACCAGAGCAUUAUCAGCAAGUUCAAAGUCAUUCGUGACUAUGUUAGCAACAGGGAGAACGACAUGAUUGAUCAGUUAUUAGGCAUUGCGAGGCCGCGCGGACGGCACCCCCUGGAGGCACCUUCAUCCGAUCCUCCGCAAUAUCUUGACAAGGGAAAAGGAAGGCAGAUAAUCAUAUCCCGAUACCAUGACAAGGACAGUGAUGAUGAUACCGAAGACAGCCACGAUGAACGAGGUAGAACAGCCGAUUUUCUUUUUGGCGCUCAAGCAGGAAUCAACAUACAUGACAAAGAAAACAGUUGGCUCUCAUCAGAAGCCUCUCAAGAGGGCCUUGAACUUAUUGAGAACGUCGAGCAUACGAAUGUAAUACUUCCCAUCAAAGGAAAGCAGGGGCCAGCACAAGAUGGAGCAUGGAGAUUGAACUGUCUGACGCCUGAAUCGUCGCCAGUACAAAAACUAAAGAAAGCAUCAGGAUCGUCUCCAACGACGCCGACCCCAAUGAAACAGAGACCUCCCGUACGUCGCGCUGGCCCCGGUUCUAUAAGUAACCCCUCUUCCCGACAUAUUCUUACACCUAAAGUCAAUCAACCUGUCCGAAUUCCGAAUAAUGCGAACUCUGGUGGAAGCCAUUCUUUCCCUAUAUGUUUAGUUUCUUCUUCCCCAGAAAUGUCCUUCAAAUCUAGGUCUAAUGGGUUGUCCCAUUCAUCUCCGACAACAAACGGACCUAUCAACGGUAGAAUUUCAGGAACGCCACCCGAGCCUUCCAGUAGGCAGGCGGUCAAGAGGAAGAUAACGACAUCGUUCAAAGCUUCCAUAGAAUAUGCUGAGCGCUCUACCAUUAGUUCGCACUCUAAUGCCAACGCCAAACGGCGCAAACUGGACCCAGUGCUUUCUACGAUUACUUCAAAACGUGAACAAAAGUGUGCAAAACCUCCUGCUACUCCCUCUGCUAAGCACCACACAAGGCCCUUGUUGCAAUCUCAUUCUACAAUCCCCUUUAUACCAUCGGAGAACGAACAACAACAGCGAGAGCGUAUCCGAACGUCUGAUAACCUUGCGAUGCUCUACCCUGACCGUGUUGACCCGUCUUAUCCAACCAAAAGAACUAAACAACUAGCAAGGAUGGAGCGGAAACGCCAAACUCCUGCGAACGAGACUGCGGUCACGUCGAACUCAUUGCUGUCGACGCCUCGUAGGCAAUUUCUGUUGCCUGUCCCUACUAUCCUGGACAUGGAUAUUUAA